AUGGGUUGCUGUGGUUGUGGUGGUCGUGGUGGCUGCGGUGGCUGUGGUGGCUGCUGCGGUGGCUGUGGUGGUGGCUGCGGUGGUGGCUGUGGUGGUGGCUGUGGCAGCUGCACCACCUGCAGGUGCUACCAGGUGGGCUGCUGCUCCAGCUGCUGCCCCUGCUGCCGUGGCUGCUGUGGGGGCUGCUGUAGCACACCCGUGAUCUGCUGCUGCCGCCGCACCUGCAGCUCUUGUGGCUGUGGCUAUGGGAAGGGCUGUUGCCAGCAGAAGUGCUGCUGCCAGAAGCAAUGCUGUUGCUAG